UUUGUACUCGGAUCAAUACGUAUGCAGCAUUGAAUGUAUAUUUACCUAUGUAGCAUGUACACACAUGAGAAUGUUUAUCCACCCGACUCUAGCUAAAUACCAAUGGCCAUCGGUAUCAAUUGAUGUAGUUCUGUCGGGAUCUGUUAAAGACGGAAUAAGACAUUGGUAAACUGACGCUCCACUGCAGUGCACGAGCUCUUCCACUGUUGUACCUUGGUAAACUUCUAGACGGCGUUGUCCCUCGUAUUGGGUAACUUCACUAAGAGACUGAAAGUCCGAAAGACUCAAAUAUCAGAUGCUAAAUAGUAGUCAUUCCCCGGAGAUAAUGGUACUUAUUGUACUUAUUCCUAGCGAAGCCAUCUUCCUGUCUCGUGCUGGGUUACGCCUUGAUCGACAGCAAGGCGAGUCAAGCCGAUAUAACAUUAAAGUGUACCAGAGUAGGGUGCCAGCAGCAGCAUUUGAAUAUGCUCGUGGCUAAGCAAAUCUUCAGCUUUGCCAGCUACUUCAUCGAGAACUUGCGCGUCCUCCCCAAUGGCACCCUUCUCCUCAGCACGAUCGUAUCGCCUGGCCUGCUGUACACGCUAAACCCCAACGCAAACUCGCGGCAGGCGCAGCAAGUCACGACUUUCAGCAGCAACAUCACUGCCGUAACCGGGUCGGCGCGUAUCCCCGGCCACGAGCUGUACGCCGUUGGAGGCGGGCUGCACACCGACUACGCCUUUGCGAACAACAGCAUGAGUCUCUUCGUCGUGUCGCUGGCCACCGACUCGAUCGUCAAGACCAUCCCCGUGCCAGGCACGCUGACCAUGAAUGGCCUGGUGGCGCUGCCCAACAACCCGUUCACAGUGCUCAGUGCCGACUCGAUUGGGGGUCGAAUCCUGCGCAUCGACACGCUCAAGAGCGCCGUCGAUGUGGCAUUCGCAGAUCCGGCGCUGGGCCCAGGCGCUGGCUACGUGCCGCCCAUUGGCGUCAACGGCUUGAAGAUGUACGGGUCGUAUCUGUAUUUCACAAACUCUGAUCUAGCCACCUUCGGCCGCGUGCUCGUUGAUCAAGACGGGAAUAAGGCCGGCGCCGUGGAGAUAGUGGCCUACAUUGACGGUGCUCCAGACGACUUUUGCUUCGACGGUGAUGGAAAUGCGUACAUCGCGGUGCACCCGUCGUCGGUCGUCAAGAUCACGCCUUGGGGCGUCGUGACGACAAUUGGCGAGGGGGACCUCUUCCUGCAGCCGACGUCGGUUGUGCUCGCGAAUGAUGCUGCUUCUCUGUAUGUUUCGACGGGCGGCAACGGCACGUCUGGGGGCCAAAUUCUUCGGAUCUGGCUUCCCAAAUCCAAUUGACCGUGUCCACAAUUCCACAUGCUACUUCAUGCUAGUGUGGUGUCGUAUUGGUAUUACGCGUGGUAUUCUUACUAACAAGUCUAAAAUUAUUCCCAUGCGCACGCAAGCAAUGCUGUGCCAACCCCGUGUGGCAGGAUAUUUACUUAAU